CGCCCUUUUCCUCGAGUGACAACAAAUCCCACAUUUGGCCACACUCUACCACGACAUUCUAGAAACGAAUUCUGCACCGAGGACGUUCACUCUGCUCAGCACGCUUGCACGCUGACCAAAGAGUAUUUCACCAGGCAGACGAGACGUGCAUUCCCCCCAUGGCGAGCAACGACGUUGAGGCGGAGGCGCCGCGGAAGGUGCUGGUGGCGAUCGACGAGGGGAAGAUCACGGAGCAGAUGCUGGAGUUCGCCAUGUCGCAGCUCAUGCGCAAGGACCGGGACCGACUCGUCAUCCUCAACGUGCGCCACGCGCAGCCAUUUCCCGGCACGGAGCGCGUGUUUUCGUCGGCGCACGAGGCGAACCUGUGGGAGCGGCGGGCGCGCGAGCAGAGCCGGCAACUGCUGGCGGAUCUCGAGGCCAAGGCGCACAAGGCGGGCGUCGCGUCCGUGUCGCUCGUCUCCACCGACGGCGACCCCAGGGAGAAGAUCGUGCACGUGGCAAAGGAGAGCCAUGCGGAUCUGGUGGUGGUGGGCAACCGCAAGGGGGGCGCGGUGAGCCGGCUGAAGCACAUGAUGGGCAGCGUCUCCGACUACUGCGCGCACCACAGCCCCUGCCCCGUCCUCAUCUUCCGACAAACCUGCCCCUGACCUCGCCCUACCGACAAUCAAUGAAUCACCUGUGCCUCCAUGUGCCUGCACCGCUAGAGUAUAACUGUAUUCCCCCUCCACCCUCAUUCCCUCACCACCCUUAUUCCUCCUCCUCCUCUUCCUCUUCCUCGGCAGCAUGGGUACUGUACAUGGCAUCAAGCCAAGCAUUUCUUUUGAUGCAGCAGACUAUCCUCCACCCCACAUCUCGUGGGACGUGAAAGCAUGCCGUUUUGCCAUGUGAGUACAAGUGCAGUCGUCCCUUACCGUAUUUGUAUGUAGAGCUUAUGAUAUACCAUAUAUAUAUAUAUGCGUGUGUUCAGUAUAAAGAGCUUAGCAACAC